CUCUUCUCUGUCGCAGAAGCCUUCAAAAAGCUCUCUGCUUCUCCCAAAUCCCCACAAAUAUUUCCGCUAUUAGAACCCUAAUUUCUAAUUCCAGAGAGAGAAAUUCAAUACGCGUAGAACAAAAAUCGAAACUUUCUCUGCAAAAUCGCAACUUUUUGGGCUUCGGGAAUGGCCGACGCUUUGGUGCAAACGGCGGAGCUCCAAAUCCAGUCGGAGGGCUUUGCGGAUUUAAUGCCCGAAUCGAAAACCGGGGCGAAUCCUCUUCAGAGGCGUAUCGAGUUCCACCGAGCGAGGAAGCCCUGCAAUGGCCUUAACACCGGUGGCGGUGACUUUAGGCUCGAGACCUUGAACCCUGGAAGCAGCAACAACGGCGGUAGCAGCUCUAAUCAGGGUCAGUCGAGUUUGAGUGCUAAGAAAACGGAUCGGUCCGAGUUUUUGGAGAACGGGUUGGAUCCGGAGCUCAGCUUUGGCAUCACCUUCCGGAGAAUUGGUGCCGGUUUGAGGAAUAUGGGGAACACUUGUUAUCUCAAUUCAGUGUUGCAGUGUCUGACAUAUACUGAGCCUUUAGCUGCAUACUUGCAAAGUGGAAAGCAUCAAAAUUCAUGCCAUAUUGCUGGGUUUUGUGCUUUAUGUGCCAUCCAGAAGCACGUUAGUCUUGCUCUACAAUCAACCGGGAGAAUUUUGGUUCCAAAGGAUCUAGUCAUUAACUUACGAUGCAUAUCUCGAACUUUCACCAAGUCUAGACAGGAGGAUGCACAUGAAUACAUGGUAAACUUGCUGGAAUCCAUGCAUAAAUGCUGUUUACCUUCUGGUGUGCCAAGCGAAUCCCCAAGUGCCUACGAGAAGAGCUUGGUACACAAGAUUUUUGGCGGUCGCCUUCGAAGCCAGGUCAAAUGUUUGCAGUGCUCCUAUUGCUCCAACAAGUUUGACCCAUUCUUAGAUUUAAGUCUUGAAAUAUUCAACGCAGAUUCCUUGCAAAAAGCACUUGCAAAAUUUACUGCCUCAGAACAGUUAGAUGGAGGGGAAAGGCAAUAUCAGUGCCAACGAUGCAAUCAGAAAGUUCAGGCUCUCAAACAGAUGACUGUUCAAAAGCCUCCUUAUGUACUUACCAUCCAUUUGAAGCGAUUUCGUGCACAUGAUCCUGGACGAAAAAUUGACAGACAUGUAAAAUUUGGCCCUACAUUGGAUUUGAAGCCAUUUGUUAGUGGUUCCUACGAAGGGGAUUUGAAAUAUACUCUCUAUGGGGUUCUUGUUCAUUGUGGGGCUACCACCUAUUCUGGCCAUUAUUAUUGCUAUGUUCGCACAUCAAGUGGCAUGUGGUACUCUCUUGAUGACAACCAGGUAUACCAAGUUAGUGAGAGGAUUGUUUUAGAACAGAAGGCUUACAUGUUGUUUUAUGUCCGCGAUAGAAGAAAUAUAAUACCAAGGAAGCCUGUUGAAGUUGCUCGAAAGGAGAAUUUCAAUGCAAAUGGUGCUGGAUUAAAAACUCGUUGCACUAACAACCAAGGCUUCAAAGGACCGGUUCAGAAUGUUUCUGUUGAGGGCAGAUCAAGUGGUCCAUCCUCAUCUAUCGUUAUGACACAAAAAUCAACUAUAGUUCCACCUAUGGUGCCCCUUUUGAAGGAAGCAUCAACUAAUUGCCAGAUAGUGGCAGGAAAUAUGGUGCCUAUGAAGGAACCUGUUUCGGAGUCUUCUCCAUCUUUAUCAAAAGACUUGCUGAAAGGGUUUUCCAUUCCAAGCCGCAGCAGUGGUGGUGCUUCUGAAUCUAAAAAUGCGGCAGAAAAUAUGGUGUGUGUGAAGGAACCUGUUUUAGAUUCUUCUUCAUCAUUACGAAAGGAUUCAUUGAAAGGGAUUUCCAUUCCAAUUCCCAUAUUGGGAAAAGACAUGCUACCAUCACCUCCAACUAGAAAUGGUGGCACUUCGGAUCCUGAAAAUGCCACAGCUGCAAAAGCUGAUGGCAAUAAAACUGACCUUAAUGGGAGAGGAAGGUCAGUUGAAAACAGUGGUGUUUCCAGUGUCAUAGCACCCAAUGUCAAGGACCCUGAAAGCCUUGAGGCUGCUAAACCCAUACUAGAUGAGACCCCUCAUAAUAAGAAUCUUGUAUCCUCUAAGGGAGACUUGAGUACGUCAUGCGGAGUUCCUAGCGAUGAAAAGGAGGGAAUUCACACUGUAAAAUCAUCAGAUCAACCAAGCUCUAAAAUUAGUCAGGUUGGAAGUUUUACCAAUGGAAGUGCUGCUUGUAAUGUUUUGGGUGAGAAGACUAGUGAUUCAGGCCAAAAAGUACUAAUUGAUGAGUCAGCAAAAUUGUCUGGCUCCUCAUUAAUUGUGACAUAUGGAUCGUUGCUUGUGAAAUCUUCUGAUUGCAAACGCCAUAGAAAAUUGAAAAAGAAGCAGCUGAAGUCUAAGGUUGCAUCCAUGCAGUUACGACCUAGCUUACUUUCCCGGGUGGUCUUAAGCGUACAGAAGAAGAAAAAACACAAAAGGAGUAAGCACCCAUCUUCAGAUACCAGUAGCCUUCUUAAGAAACACGUAUUGGACAAUUCUUGCUUAUCUGAUAUGGGGCCGUCUACAUCUGAGCAAACCCAGUCAAUUCCCUUGGUUUCUACUCCUAAGCAAAAGUCUAAGAGGAAGGGGGCCAAAUCUGGCUUAAAAAAGGAUGCAGAUGGAACUGAUAAAAAGCAGGAAAUGAAAUCUCAUGGUCAUUCUUUAAUGGCUGCCAAUAAGGGUGAGUUUAGAGAAAGUGUUGGUCAGAAUGGUACAGUGCUUGCAAGUGAUAAAAGACUACAAAUUGGUAAUGUCUCUAGCUCUUGCUCAAAAGAAAAUCUGCGGGAGACCGGGGAAAAUGAUACCCCACACAAUUGUAAAAGAGACAGAAUGCAAAAUGGAGGGAUUGGUGUGCUGACCCGAGGUCUUGACGAGACAAUGGUUGCACGUUGGGACGGAAUAGAAUUGCCUCCUCCUCGUAUUGUAGAAUCAAGCUGUGCAAAGAGUGUCAGCAUUGGUUAUAUACCUGACGAAUGGGAUGAAGAAUAUGAUCGCGGAAAGAGAAAGAAGGUAAGGCAACCCAAAGAAACAUUUGGCGGACCAAAUCCAUUCCAAAAGAUUGCAACCCAGAGAUCGCAGAUGAAAAAGACAAAGCCAGACAGGUAUGGUUCUGGAAAUCACCCCCUCCGGAUAUGACAGAAUAAGUCAAACUUGUAUGGACAGAUUGAUGGUUUGCUGUAGAUGUUGAGAGAAAUUGUAAUACGGGGCGAUUAUUUGUGUUGCGUUUGGAGCGGAGAGGAAGAGAGCUCAGAGCAGGUGAACUGUAUCUUACUGCUGUGGGGAGAAUUUAUCAUGGACGGAUAAUUGUAUUAGCUGAAGGAUUACGUGUUUUCGGUCUUUCCGAGAUACACUAAGCUUUUUGUUUUGCUAUAAAUCUAUUUUUGGUUGCCUAUAAUCAAUCAGUAUAACUUUUGAGGGUUGUGUUCUAUUGUGAUGUAUGGAAUUCUGGGUACUUUAUAAGAUCUUAAAUUUUUCAUCUUU